AUGGAUGGCCAUGGUAGCCAUACAGCCAUAAAAUUCCUAUGGCAUUGUAAGCAAAACAAGAUACAUCCCUUAUUCCUACCGGCUCAUACAAGCCAUGUAUUACAACCUUUAGAUCUCGGAGUUUUUGCGCCUCUAAAAUCAAGAUACCGGGCUGAAAUCGCAGCUUUGGCUUCGCUCGACGAUGCAUCACCUGUCAAGAAGGAACGCUUUAUCACCUGCUAUAAUUCAGCUCGCAAAGAGACAUUUACACCCUGCCUAUUGCGUGUAGGGUGGCAGGCAGCGGGUCUCUAUCCAUACAAUCCAGCAAAAGGGCUCAAUUCCUCCCAAGUACAAGGCUCAAAACCACGUCAAGUUACACCACCACAACGCGAGAAACAGGCCCUAUAUCAAUGCUUACAUAAGGCUGGCCAAGCGAUUGAUCAACUUAACGCAAAGCAGAUCCCAUUGCAACACCGCAACGCUCAACUUCAGGCUCAAAUCGAAGGACUAGCUAUCAAGAGGCGCAAGAAGGUCCCUAUUGAUCCUAAUUUACAAUUUGCGACCGUGGAAACUGUCAUAAAGGCAAGGGAGGCUCUCGCGGCACAAGAGGCACAAGAGGCAGCACGUCAAACCAGAUACGACGCAGCUACAGCUGCGCGUGAGCUCGCUAAUCAGAGCUUCGAAUCGCUCCAAUUUGAGUGGCAGAUAGACAACUUUUGA